UUAUCAGAGGGUUUCAGUUUGGGGUUUAGCUCUCAUCGCCUCAUUUUCCUGUGUCAUCUUCGUUUUGGUGCAAUGGCAGAAACAGAAGACCUACCUGAAGAUAUUAUAGUGAACAUCUUCUCUAGAUUGCCCGUGAAGUCUUUAAUCCGAUUCACCUCCGUUUCAAAACGUCUGCGUUUCAUUAUAUUGUCCGAUCCCAAAUUCGCCCAAUCCCAAUUAAAAGCAGCUCGUCAGCAGAAAACCCUCAGCCGCAGACUCCUCGUCUCCACCGACACUUCUCAACUCGAAUCCCUACACUUGGGUGAUACGCCGUCGUUUGGAGAGCCUUCAUCAGUUAGAAAGCUCAGCUUCCCUUUCCAGCCACAACUGGGCGGUUAUGUCAAGCUGCUGGGCUCCUGCAAUGGUCUUGUAUUUCUAGCUGUUGAUAAUAAAUUAUUUUUUAUCUGGAACCCAUCCAUUGGGUUCUUGAAGCAAUUACCUGAUCCAGGUUUUCCCUUAGAUGAUAAUGUGCUACCCUAUUAUGGUGUUGCCUAUUUAUCCGCCACCGAUGACUACAAAGUUUUGGUAGCCUCCUUUGGCUUUGGUGGAGCCAAGUUAGAGGUCGAGAUGUUCUCAUUGAGAACUCACAUUUGGCAGAGGAUUGAAUCCCCUUGCCGCUCAGAUGAUGUUCUACUCUUUCAUUGUCAGGGGACUCUCUUGAAUGAUGCAUUUCAUUGGGUAAACUACCACGACUACAACGAGGAAGAGGAGCAUGAAAUAGUUUCUUUUGACUUGGAAGACGAGGUGUUCCGGAGAAUGCCACUGCCUAAUUUCGACCAUGAUGCUAAGACUUUCAGCAAGCUCGGGGUUUGUGGAGGGUGCCUGUGUGUGUCGCGUUAUCCCUAUGGUGUUUGGUACUCUAUUGAUUUCUGGGUCAUGAGAGAAUAUGGCGUCAGUGGCUCAUGGAUUAUGCUUUUUAGCUUAAAGCUCUCUGAUCCACCUCAUUUGCCUCGUUUUUCUAGACAAUUAUUGGUUGUGGAAAGUAGUACAGUUUCCGCGCGUUGGACUGCCGAGGGGUUCGAGUUGAUAAGGAUUUAUCAUAAAGAAGACAACCAGCUUGGGCGGUAUAUGCUUAAGGGGCAUCGGAUUUCUAUGAUUGAAUAUGAAGAAAGUCUACUUUGGAUUAGUGGUUAUCAUCCAGUAGAAGAGAAAGAGCAGGUCCAGAUACUCGAAACCCAUCAGAAGGCAUCAGGAAGCUGAAAUGGAAGGAAUCUUUGCUCUUUGUAUUCAAAUGAUAGAUGGGUUUUCAGAUGCAGGAUUGGUAGAGCAAGCUUAAUGUGUCCUUAGUGAUGAUGAGGAUUCUCAGAAUUUCACCACUUCAAGCUACCUGUAUGUAUUUAUGUUCUGUAACUCUGUUAGGAUUAGUGGAGACCCACCAACCGAACUGUAAAUUCAAUCUAUUUGGAAUCGUCUGAGAUUGUAGUGACUGGCUAACUUAAACUGUGAACUUGCUUGAGCUUAA